AUGAUCAGAGGAGCAGAAGAGUGGGAAGUCAAAGAAAUUGUGAAGGAACGAAAAGUCAGCCGAGGAAAGCAAUACUUGGUCAAAUGGAAGGGAUGGCCACAUAGCAAAAAUACCUGGGAACCAUCACGCCAUCUUACCCAUGCGAAGAAGGUCCUGAGAGAUUGGCAGAGGAAACAAUCAAACCCAGACACACGCAUUUGCCUCCUGCCAAUGCUCAAAGCCAGACACUGGGAUUACCUCAUUCAUUGCUACAAACCCAGAGACGAGCGCCUUCCAUAUCCCCAACAACUCUUCGACCCCUACAAAAACGUCUUCACACCCAUUAACCCAGUCAAUGAGGACAUCGACCCUAGAGAGGGGGUAAUGUCGUAA